AUGCCUCUCACCCUCCAGCUCCGCCGCACCUCCCCUUGGGACCCCCCAACCCCUCUCGACCACCUCCUCACCUCCCCCAUCCAAGGCCUGACUUCGUUUUUCUACCAUCGCAUCCUCCUUCCUCUCCAAGGCACACCAGCCGGAGUGCGAUAUUAUCAUUAUUACUACCCUUCCGUGGUGCACAACCGUGUCUCUUCUCCCAAACCAGACCAUGGGGGUGAUAAAAUCAGGAUUGUGUGUCUCUCGGAUACACAUACCAAUACAUUAAAAGAAGGGGGUAUCCCCGAAGGGGAUGUCCUCAUCCACGCCGGCGAUCUUACUAACGAGGGGACACCCGAAGAAAUUAACGCCCAACUGGACUGGUUGAGGGGACUGCCGCAUCAGUGGAAGGUUGUCGUUGGGGGGAAUCACGAUAGUGGGUUUGACCCUGGGACGGGGGCAACCCACCUCGACCUCUCCUUAGGCUGCCCCUCUCUUCUGCGCGAACUCUGGCGCGUCCGUCCCCGUUUGCACGUCUUCGGACACGUUCACGCCGCCCACGGUACCGAAGUCGUCUGGUAUGAUGCGUGCCAGCGGGAAUAUGAACGACUCAUGCUCCGUCCUGCGAAGGGACUGCUUUGGGACCUGAUCCCUAGCAUGAAGUGGGUCGAAUCACUCUCCGUGGUAUGGUACGGCGUUCUGUCAAUUGUGAGGAGAUGGUUUGGGGGGAGUAGACAGGGAGGGUUGUUGGUAAACGCGGCGGUUAUGUAUCGCGACUCGGGGGUGUUGGGGAACCCUGUUACGGUGGUCGAAUUGGACUGA